AUGAGCCCAUUUUCCUCUCAGUUUCUUCAACUUCUUCUUCUCAUCCUAUGCUCGCUCAGCUUAUCCUUCGGCCAACCCCACCCGCUCGACCCCCUCACGCCCUCUGAGAUCUCCGCCAUCCGCACCAUCAUCAAAUCCUCCUCCAUCAAUUCAACCAGCUUCAGCUUCCACUACGUCGGCCUCGAAGAGCCCGACAAGCAAACCUUCCUCUCAUGGCAUUCCAACCCCACCGCCCAUCCCAUCCUUCCUCGCCAGGCAUUCGUAAUCCUCCGCGCCGGCGGCCAAACCCAUGAGCUCUACGUCGACAUCACCAACAACUGCAUCGCAUCACACCGCGUCCGCUCGGGAAAUGGCUACCCAACGCUGAAUAUGGAGGAGCAGAACGCUGUGACUCUCUUAACCUUCAACUACACUCCCUUUGUCGAGUCGGUGAAGAAGAGAGGGGUCGACUUAAAGGACGUCGUCUGCAGCACAUACACCGUUGGGUGGAACGGCGAGAGGGAUAAGGGGAGACUGAUAAAGCUGCAGUGCUUUGUGGUUGGGGAAACUGCUAAUAUUUAUAUGAGGCCGCUGGAGGGGAUAACGAUAUUGGCGGAUUUGGAAGCCAUGUUGAUUCUCGAGUACCUAGACCGCAUUGUUGUUCCGGUGCCGGAAGCGACGGGAACGGAUUACAGGGCUUCGAGGCAGAUGCCGCCUUAUGGGCCCAGAGGAAACCGGGUGGUGGUGGCGCAGCCGGAGGGGAAGGGGUUCACGGUUAGCGGCAACGUUGUCAGAUGGGCAAACUGGGCAUUGCACGUGGGCUUUGAUGCUCGGGCGGGCCUGGUGAUAUCCCAUGCUUCAGUGUUGAAUGACGAGAAUAAUGAAUAUCGUAGUGUUCUCUACAAAAGCUACGUCUCAGAGAUUUGUGUACCUUAUAUGGACCCGUCGGAGGAGUGGUACUUCAAGGCAUUCUUCGAUUACGGUGAUUAUGGGUUCGGGCCACUGUCAUCUUCGCUUGAGCCCAUGAUUGAUUGCCCGCCCAACGCCGAGUACAUGGACGGCUAUUACGCUAAUGGGGAUGGCUCACCGGUGCACAUUCCCAAUGUCAUCUGUAUCUUCGAACGCUAUGCAGGAGAUCCAUCCUGGCGCCACACAGAAAUUCUGAUUCCGGGAAAAGUGAUCACAGAAGCUCGAGAGGAGGUGAGCUUGGUGGUAAGGACGGUGACCACGCUGGGGAAUUACGACUAUGUCUUGGAUUGGGAAUUCAAGACCAGCGGCUCCAUCAAAGUUUGGGUUGGGCUCACAGGAAUGAUGGAGGUACGGGGCACAGAUUACAGUCAUGCGAAAGAGAUAAGAGGAGAGCAGCAUGGAGAGCUGGUGGCACCCAAUACUAUCGGCGUCUAUCACGACCACUACAUUAGCUACCAUCUCGACCUCGAUAUCGCCGGAACGACCAACUCCUUCGUGAAGGCCAACAUCAAAACAGUGAGGGUGAAUGAUGGAAAAACACCCAGAAAGAGCUACUGGACUACCGUCAAAGAGACGGCGACCACCGAGGCCGACGCACGGGUUGAUUUCCAUACGGCGGCGCCGGCGGAGUUGCUUUUUGUGAACCCAGGUGUGAAGACCAAGCUCGGCAACACGGUUGGCUACCGUCUCAUCAGCAGCAGCGCAGCAGCUACCUCUCUUUUGACUGACGAUGACUACCCACUCAUAAGAGCAGCUUACACCAAGAAACAACUGUGGGUGACGCCGUACAACAAGAGAGAUAAGUGGGUUUCCGGACUCUAUGCGGAUCAGAGUCACGGCGAUGAUAACUUGGCCGCCUGGAGCAUGAGGAAUCGAUCAAUCGAAAAUACAGAUAUUGUAUUGUGGUAUACAAUGGGCAUCCAUCACAUUCCCAGCCAAGAAGAUUUUCCAUUAAUGUCGAUGUUGAGCUGUGGUUUUGAGCUUCGUCCUUUCAACUUCUUCGAUAGAAAUCCAUUGAUCAAGACACAGCCUUUCAGUAAAGGGCGUUGGGCUACUUAG